AUGCAUUUAUAAGUGUCAAAAAUAAAAACAAUUGAGCCAACUGUUAAUUAAUAAAUGAAUUUUUAAACAAGAUAAUUAAACAAAGAGCCAAAAUCCUCUUACUAGUUGCAUCGUCGAUAUUCUAUAAAUGGUGUUAUUAAUCAAGAUGUUUGCAAAAUUUAGGAUAAAUAUUCCAAAUAGUUAAAUCAAUUAUUACACAUAAAAUAUUAGAAUAUGCUUUAACUGUUCAAAAAGAAAUAAUAUAUUCAACCUAAUUUUAAGUUAGACAAUAAGAAUUUUGAACAUGUAGUAACAAACUAAUUUAGAAAAAAGUAAUCCUAAUUUACUCCAUUAAAAAAGAAAUUCAAUGGAAAAGAAUGGCAUAAAUAUAAUUAUGAUAGAUAUAGAUUGUUGAGUAGGUAAGGAAGUAUUGAAAAAUUAGAAACUAAUCGAAAUUAAACUAUUUAACCAUGUUUGCAAAUCUCAUAAGCAAAUAGAGAAUAGAGGUCUGUAUCUCAAAUGAAUAAUAAUAGAAAUGAAUUAAAUAAGAGUUUAUAUAAUGACAGGUGGAAAUUUAAAAGAAGCAAUUCACAAUAAAAAGAAAAUCUUAUUAUUAUUUUAAUUGAUGAAAAUUAACACAAUUAAAAACAGGACAGAAUUGUUUAGAUCGAUUGA